AUGAACAUCGACAGCGUAUUCAUAUUCACAUUAUUCGCCAAGACUUUAUUCAUAUUCGCAAAUUAUUCAUAUUAUUCAUAUUAUUCAUAUUCGUUUCGGACCUCUAGUCAAGACAAGCUCAAUGAGCUUCCGCCUCUGUUCGUCGCGAACAUCGGCGAGAUUUCCGGAUCUUGCGGGACCACUCAAUCCGUGAACGUCGACUUCCCCAACCCAGGGAAGUACGUCACUACAAAGAAGCCAGCUGGUCCCGCUCAAUCUCAGUUCCCAAUCGCGGUCCCAUCGAACUGCGGCGCUGCUAAGGCUCCCGCUGGCAACAAUCCCCCCGGUGGAGUCUUCGCUCCCGGUGCCUCUUCCGCCGCACCCUCGGCCUCUCCCUCUAACGCUGCUCCUGAGCAGCAACUCGCAGUCCCCACUACUGCGCCGGUCUCUUCAAAACCUUCGCUCGCGGCAGCCCAACCGCCACUUGCUCCGGCCAAGCCUGUUCCUGCCGCCCCUGUCGCUAAUCCGCAAGGUUCAUGCGCAGCCGGCCAGGUCCCAUGCUCGGAGACCGGAUUUUACUGCAUCGAUGGGACGACGUUUGGGCAAUGCGUCUGGGGAUGCGCGACGCCGAUGACGAUGGCGGAUGGUACGAAGUGUGAGGCGAACACUGUGACCUGGGCUAUGCGACUAUUAAUGUAGAUGACUAUCAUGAGGUAUCGAUACUCGGAGAUAUUUGCGGUGAGAGCCGGUGUAUGAAUAGCGCUUGAAGAAAGAGAAGGCAAGCCAUGGCAUUGGAUUUUUGGCAAGUUCCCCAAUAGAACCGAGUGUCCUCCCGUUAAAUGGAGGGGAGGCUAAGUCAGCUUGUACAUCAUCGAUCUCGUCGCGGGAGACGGGUUCUUCUCAUGAACAAUAUCGUGACGCCAUGUAUUUGCAGAUGAAGGCGUUUCAGCGACUCUCCGAUGAUGAUUUAUAAAUAUCAUAGCAUCGAAGGUCGGAAGGGAAUGAGUUACGCUGCAAUUUCCUCCUAGGUUAUAUCCAAAUUCAUUAACGAGCCGAAUGAUUCUGAUGCUGUCAAACAUAUCAACUGUUGCCCAACUUAGAACUCUUUAAUAAUCUGCAACUACGUUUUGCUUUCGUUUCUUCGCAACCGGGUCUUCAUCCGAAUCUACAGCAAAGAUUUCG